AUGAUUAGAGAUUUUGUUUCUCUAGAUGUUGGUGCCCAUGCACAUGAUGAAUUGGGUGUUGCAUUGAAGAGCUCAAAUGGACUACUUUUGGUGGGUAUGGUUGUCAUGUCUCUCUCAAUUAUAUCAAUGGUUAUCUUUGCUUGUGGCAAUGAUAACAAUGAUAAAGGCCGUGGUGGUGGAUGUGGAGGUGGAGGUUGUGGAUCAGCAGGAGGUGGUGGUGGAGGUGGAGGUGGAGGUUAUGGAUCAGGAGGAGGUGGUGGUGAUGGUGGAGGUUGUGAAGGUGGAGGUUGUGGCGGUGGAGGUUGUAGAGGUGGAGGGUGA